CUCCCCUUUUGGCUGGACUACCCUGAAACGUUCCAGUGUUUUCUAUAGAAAUAACUGAGUCAGGAACCACUCGGUUGCUGUUGGCAGACAAAAUGUGACCAUCUCAGUUAAAGGAUGAAUGAUUCUCGUGUGCAUGCCGUCGGUGGUGAUAACUGGCGGAGACGCACAAGGAGCGCGCGAGCGUGCUGCGGACAAGCCAUCGAAGCACGAGUUAGCCAGUCCAGCGUGCUUCGGUGUCUCAGCGUGGGAAACACGGAAGAGGACCAUGACAUGGAGGAGGCCACCAGCCUCUUCAAGCAGAACGGCCUGGAACGGGUAAUCAUGGCGCCCCGCUAUAGCCUGCUGCGGGAAGUGGGAAGGGGAACAUACGGCGUGGUGUAUGAAGCUGUGGCCCGGAGGUCGGGUGCUAAAGUUGCCGUAAAGAAACUGCGAUGCGACGCACCGGAAAACGUGGAGCUCGCCCUGCAGGAGUUCUGGGCGCUAGCAAGUCUGGAAAAACGGCAUCAAAAUGUUGUUCAUCUAGAAGAGUGCGUGCUGCAGAGGAACGGUAUGGCCCAGAAAAUGAGUCACGGAAACAAACUGUCUAAGCAGUACCUGCGCCUGGUGGAGACAUCAUUAAAAGGUGAGAGAGUACUUAGCCCCCCAGAAGAGCCUUGUUACCUGUGGUUCGUCAUGGAGUUCUGCGAAGGCGGAGACCUCAACCAGUUCAUCCUGUCUCGGCGACCCAACCCACAAACAAACAGCAGCUUUAUGCUCCAGCUAACAAGUGCUGUUGCUUUCCUGCAUGAAAACAGUAUUGUCCAUCGAGACCUCAAACCUGACAACAUCCUUAUUUCAGAGAAGUCAGGGACUGCUGUUCUUAAGGUGGCAGACUUUGGCCUGAGCAAGGUUUGCGCCGGUUUGGGAAACACCAGUGAGGUAAAAGACUGUGAAGACAAGAACAAAAACAUCAACCUCAACAAGUUUUGGUUGUCAUCUGCUUGCGGUUCAGACUUCUAUAUGGCACCUGAGGUGUGGGAGGGCCACUACACAGCCAAGGCUGACAUAUUUGCCCUGGGCAUCAUCAUCUGGGCCAUGCUGGAGAGGAUUACUUUCAUUGAUGCUGAAUCUAAACGGGAGCUGUUGGGUACAUAUGUGAAACAGGGAGGUGACAUUGUGCCUGUUGGUGAGGCACUUCUAGAGAAUCCAAAGAUGGUACUGAGCAUCCCACAGAAACGCAGGUCAUGUAUGUCAGAUGGAGUGAAGAAGCUGCUUCAGGACAUGCUAGCUGUUAACCCUCAGGAUCGGCCGGAUGCUUUUGAGCUGCAAGCCAGAAUGGACCAAGUUAUGUGUGCUACAUGACCCUCAGCCUACAGAUCUGUGUUGCUGUCCAGAGCUGUUGAAUCUGCCUGGAUCCAGUCUGAAGACUGUGAAGAGAAAGAAGUAAAGAAGAGCAGUUUUUUUUUUUUUUUUUUUUUUCCUGCAGCACAGAUGCUGAAAUUGGAUUAUAAUUUCCUUGCUUGUGAAGACUGUCUCGUUUGCCAGUGCUACUUGAUGGUUGUUUUGCCUUCACUAUUGGAAUAGAUGGAACUGAUGUGGCCUUGGCUCAACUGGAGAAAAGAGAUGUGCUCAUUUCACCUGAGAUGACAACAUGGAUCUCUGAUGAUAUUUAAUGAAAACACUGUGAUGUAAGAUACAAACUGCUGCUGGAAAACUUUCACUUGAUGCUGUGGAGUGUUAUUUUGUCUAGAAAUUGGAGGGAAAUCUGGUCCUAUAUGACACAUUUUACUUUGUUGGCAGUUGUCUGAUCUUGGGUAAUGACAGAAAGCUGUCACCUGCCAUUUUCUGUUGGUUGUAAAUUCUUGAAUCAAAUAAUGACAGCUGACAAACCCUGCUAGCCACUGUAAUAAUUCCAGAUGUUUCACGCCUGAACUUCUGUUGCUGCAAUCCUGUUUUCCACCUGUGCUGCUUGCAGGCCAAAGGGUCAGUCCAAGCUAGUCAGCUCACAGUAACUAAUCAUAUUUAUCUAGAAUGUGAGUGUCCGUCAUAAUCCAAGACAAUCAGAUCGACUCCAGCUAAAGUUAAAAAGAUGCGUCUUCAGCUUUGGGGUUGGCAGGAAGUGGGACCUCUUGAUUAUACUCCACCUCCCCGUGGCCAGUACUGCAUGCUUUCUUACAUCAGAUGGCAGCGCCCACCUGCACAACAUUUUGGCUUCUUUUUUGAUGAUCUCUCAUUCAAGUUCAACCUUAAUCACAGUUUAAAUUUCCACGUGUCACCUUUAAAUUCAAUGUCAGAUCAGCUGUUUCACCGUCUUUGAUUUUGCACACAACUGCAUGAUUCAGGGUACACGGUCCUGAUGAUUUAGCUUCUUUAGUAUUUAAAGUGUAAUUAUAGAAAAGGAAUGAUGAAUGUAAUUUUCCCCAACCCAAAAUAAAGGUUUUCCAAGUGGUAAUUUGAAAUAAGAUUGUGACUCAGCAAUAUUUUUGUAUGUCUGUGCGUGGCGCUUUGUCAGCUAAAGUCACAUUUUUAAUGGGAACUGCAGUUGUGGCAUUUGAACAAAGAAGUAAAGCUGCUGAUGUCUGCAAUAUGUUGCAAAUAUUUUUUCUGAAUUGUUUUUGAACCUUAGGAGAGGGGAAGUUGUGCCUGGGAUCAAAAGUGGAAUGUGUAAAAUAUUGAGCUGGGAGGCGUCACUACAAUGAACCGCAGCUCAGUAUUUGGGAUUCGGCUGGCCUUGAGUUGUGCUGAACUGACUAAAAGUUUUCUUUGUAAUUGUGCUACCUCGUGUUUAUGCAUAGUUUCACCUUUUCAUUGAGCUAUCCUUUGACAUUCCUAACACAGACUGGGUAGAGGUCAUUUUUACUUCCACUCUUGUUGGUUGGUUUCUAGUUUUCCUUGAUGUGAUAACAUGUUUAAAAAGAACUGCAUUGCAAAAGCAACCACACAGGUCCAGAGAAAUCUGCUUUGUUUUUCCUUUUGUCCAGUAUACAGAGAACCUUAUUGUCACUGAUACAGAUGUUUACAUUUUUGUUGGCUCCAUGUAGGUCACGAUAUCCCUCAGACAUGUUAAUUUCCUGACCUUCUGUGAUGAACAUACCUCAGCUCCACUCCUUUUGUUUUUCUUUCUUUGUUGAAUGAAUGUUUUAUUGAUAAUCUUAAACUGCAGAUGAGAGAAUGGAAGAGCGAGAAGCUUGAUGAUCAGCUCAGAGUUUUUAUUAAGAGUUAAGAUUUAUUGUUCUUUGAUUAAACAACUUUUUAAAAUGUUAGAGUGAAAAUAUGCCCUUCCAUGUUCAUACUGCUGCCUUUUUGUGUUUGUCUUUGCAUCAUGCCUGUCUAAACUCCAGUGACUGAUGGUUCACUUGUUCUAUGCAAUCUGGCCCUGGUUCGUUGUGUUUUAGCCUUAUGCUUCACAUCCUCACAGGAUCAGUGGAUAGCUGGACCUCACUGUUCAGGUGGAUGACCCUUUUUCAGCAGUCCUUGGUUCUAGCUGGGACUGCUAAAGCUGUUUGACUAUAUGGAAAUGUGUUUUUAUUGCUAACUACAUAUAGGAGCUCUGUUUCAAUAAAGACUGGAAAUGCCUCUAA